AUGGAGGUUUUUUGGCGAGCUGUCCCGGUGAAGUCUCAUCACAAGGCGGACGGGUUGAGCGUGAAACACAGCUCAGAGGAAUGCCCGAGGUUUGUGUAUGACAUGAAUGACAAACAGGACAGGCCUUAUGUGUGCGGGGCCCCGGGCUGCUCUCAGCGCUUCCAGUUAGAGGAGCAUCUGAUCAUCCACAGACACAAACAUGAGAUGACCCUCAAGUUCUCCUCCAUCAAGACGGAUACGGCUUUUACAGACCAGACUCCGACGCCAACCCGAUUUUUGCAAAACUGUGAAGAGGUUGGUCUGUUCAAGGAGAUAGAGGAGGAGUUUCUUCAGGCACAAGAGGAGGAAAAGAGCAAACAGACGCUUUCUCAUAAUGGGCCGUCCUGUAUGAACCAGCACCAGCUCAAACCACAGCUUCAGCUCCAGCACCCACCCCAGCCUCAGCACUCACAUCCCCAGCCACAGCUGCACCAUCCCCAGACCCAUCCCUUGCAGCUCACCCAGUCCCAUGGCCCAAUGAUGGGCCCUAGCUGCAGCCUGGCUGCCCAGCAAACUCUCUCCUCCUCCCAGUCCGGAUCAGUCAUCACCCAGGCUCCUUCCACCCUCUCACACUCAGGGCCGGUUCCUGGGCCGCUGUCCUCCCUCCUCCACAUGCGGAACAGACACAGACAACCGCUGGCAGCCUCCUUGCCUGGCACCCUGCCAGACCCCGCCAUGCAAGGGGCAUCUGCUCAGCACAUGCCCAUGGAGAAGCAGAUGUCUUGUGUAAUGGGUAUACCAGGUCCUGUACACAACCCCUCCUGUUCCUCGCCGCAGAGAUCCAAACAGACGAUGGGCCAUCAAUACCAACAACACCACCCAGGAAUGGUCGCCAUCAACAACCCUGUGACACCCAUGGGUCAUAUGAUGGAGAUGAUGUCACAACGCCACCAGGCACCUCCACUACAACACCACCACCAACCACAUCAUCAUCAUCAUCAUCAUCCACAGCUUCCAGCUCCACCCCUCACCUACCAACAGCGAUGCCAUGCCCCACCUCCACAGCACUUAGGCAACUCGCACAGCCACCAGCUUCACCAGCCAGCCAAUAUACCACAUGCUCAGGCUCACCAAUCACCGCCUUCCCACCUGCACCAGGGCUCGCCUCCAGCGCCUCCACUGUCUGUUCCUGCACAGCAAUCACCUGUGCCACAGCAAAUGCAGCCCCCCCAGCAUGCAAUGCAGGCAGGUGGUAGCUGCAGCGGUGGAGGAGGAAGCGGAGGACACCGUCGCAGGAGGUCAGCAGAGCAGGACCCAGAUGAGCGCAGGCAGAAGUUUCUGGAACGUAACCGAGCUGCGGCCACUCGCUGCCGACAGAAAAGGAAAGUGUGGGUGUCGUCACUGGAGAAGAAAGCUGAAGAGCUGACGCACACAAACCUGCAGCUACAGAAUGAGGUGACGUCACUGAGGUCGGAGGUGGGUCAACUGAAGCAGAUUCUGCUCACCCACAAGGACUGUCCUGUCACGGCCCAGCAGAGAGAGACACAGGGGUACCCCACUGCAGGGGUGUGUCCAGGAGGAAGUCCCACCCCUGUAGAUCCUGGGUCUCAACUGCAGGCCAUCCAACAUAACAGCAUCUCCACCUCCUCGACCACUGGAGGCGACAAAGGGCCUGACACCCAGCCUGGACGCUAGCUCUCAUCAUAUAGAGGAGGGGGUGAGACUGGAUGAUUGGAUGAAAUAUGUUUCUGUUAUUACUACAC